UUGCGCAUUGUUGUUAUUGUUAUUAUUAUUAUUAUAAAAAUAAUAAUAAUUAUUAUUAUUAUUGUUAAUAACAUUGUUAUUAUUAGAGUAUUAUUUGAUUUUUUUUUUUUUCCCCUGUCUGUGAGCAUGGUGGCCGCGCUCCGCUCCCUGCUCGUGUCCGUGAGUCUGGCCGCGGUGGCGCGCCUGUGCUCCGCCGUGGGCGCGGUGAUCCGCUGUGAGCCGUGCGACGCCGGAGCGCGGACACUGUGCGAGCCCGUGCCCGAGGACUGCGUGGAACGGGUGCGCGAGCCGGGCUGCGGCUGCUGCGUGACGUGCGCGCUGGCUGAGGGUCGCGCGUGCGGGGUUUACACGGGGCGCUGCGGCGCGGGGCUGGUCUGCCGACACCGGCCGGGCGAACCGAGGCCGCUGCACGCGCUGCUGGAGGGCCGUGGGGUGUGCGUGAACCAGACCGCACCUCCUCCGGUCAGCGCGCGACAAGUCGAGAGUGCCAAGAUGCCUGAGGAAGAUUCCAGCAGCAACACAACGAGUCCGUCAGUGCCAGCUGGACAUGAGCAGUCAACGGAUGUCUUUCCCUCCCACAGUCGGCGUCCCCCGCCCUACCGGCUUCACCCCAAAGCUGAGGACAUCCAACGCGAGCAACUCCGGAAGAGCCAGAGCUACAAAAUCGAGGAACCUCUGGCAGUUGCCCCUUCCAACCAUGAGAACAUCGCCUUCGAGUCCAAGCAGGAGCGAGAGUAUGGGCCAUGUCGAAGGGAAAUGGAUGGCAUACUUAACAUGCUGAAGAUCACCGACAUGGUGAACCCUCGAGGCUUCCGCAUCCCAAACUGUGACAAGAAAGGCUUCUACAGGAAAAAACAGUGCUGGCCAUCUAAGGGCCGAAAACGCGGCAUAUGCUGGUGCGUGGACAAAUACGGCCAGCCUCUGCCAGGCUUCGAUGGAAAGGAGAGAGGAAAUGCGCAGUGCUUUGCCAUGGAAAGCCAAUAGAAAAGAGCGGACGGAUGGGCGAAGGAAAGAGAGAGAUCGAGUGUGUGUGUGUGUGUGUGUGUGUGUGUGUGUGUGUGUGUGUGUGUGUGCGUGUGUGUGUGUGCUGAAGAAUCUCCACGCUCAGACCCUUCAUCUCGGACUCGUGUGACGGUACCCUCCAGGGAAAAAAAAAAAUCGACUGGUGGGCUCGGAGAACAUCUUAAAAUUGUCUAAUUUAUUUUUCUGCUCCACGCUUUAGCAGCAGUGGAACACUAGAUGCUUGCAGGAGAGAGAGAUGGAUGGAUGAAGGAAUGUGGGUGUGUCUCAGGAGGCUGGAGAGAUUUUUGAGUCAGGGCUGAUCACAAAAAAAAAAAGGACAUGGAAGAAGGCAUUAACGCUAUAGAGCACUUCCUGUAAGUUUGUGUGUAUGUGUGCGUGUGACUAUUGCAGUACAGUAACUUAACCAUGUGCCUCCGUAUCUUCAAACCUAUCCGUGACUUUUCAAAGCUUAUCGUUUCAUUAAAGCUUUAAUACACAUUCCUGUCGCGUACAAUCGGGAACUAGAACGAAACAAGACUUUAUUGAUCAGAUUCAAUAUCAAGAGCAUGUGCAUGAUGCAUGAGUACAACCAUAUAAACUCACUAUAUUAGGACGGAUCAUAAAACCUUCAAGACUUCCAUAACUGCUUUAUUUCCUCUGCAUAUACAGUAUGGCUUAACUAUCGAUCUUGCUUGAAUGGCUUUUAGAGGAGUGUGUGAAGCUGAAAUCUUUCCAGAAGACGUCCUUGUUCCAUGCACCUUAAUAUGAGCCAAAACAAGAUGCUGUGUCUUUUUUUUU